AUGGGUACCCAAAAACCUGGAGAAUGGGCCAACUCACUUAUAUCUCGAUUUGAAGAACAGCUUCCCUAUAAAACUGGUGCCCAAAACCUUCAUUCUCGCAUCAAUGAAGAGCAAUGCAAAGCCUGUCUGGUCCAGAUCAGUCAUCACAGAUUCUCCCUAGUUAUAGCUGGCCUAACAAAGAUCUUGCAAAGAGUUAAUGAGUUGUAUCAACCAACAAUAACAACCUGUGUGAAUCGACCCCAAACCGAGACUGAGAAGGGCUAUCAUGACAGUCUAGUUAUAGUUUUAGAUACAUUGGAAAUAUGUUUAAGCUCACAACCAAAAGAUACAGCGAAAUAUGAAGAGGCCAUGAAUGUUAAGAUUUUGUUACGUGAAGUGUGUCAGUUUAUUGAUCUCCGAAAUGAGACUAAUGUCAACAACACACUGCUACGACAGUUGGCCAGCAAAGUUUUGUUCGCUCUCAGUCUUAAUUUUUUCAAUGCUGUAUUUAAUAGAAUUAGUGCAAGAUUACAGGAACUAGCAUCUAGCUCAGAAGAAAACCCCGACUACACUGACAUAGAGUUAAUACAACACGUUAACGUCGAUAUACUCAGGCUUAUACGGCUGCUUACUGAGUCUAUACAAAAAUUUAAGUUAUUAAGGAAGUCAACGCACAUAGUGCUGGUCGUGUCCUUAGAGAAGGCGGUUUGGAAUUGGAUGGACACAUACCCCCAGGAAUUCGCAGAAGUCCAAUGUCGGCCUAACGAUGAACUAAGCAAGUGUUGUGACACUCUUUUUGAUAUAUUGCAAGACAGUUUCUCAGAUAAUAAGAAGUCACGUGUUGCGAUGUGGCCUUUGCAAAUUAUGUUGCUCGUUUUGAACCCUAAAGUUCUGGAAGAGAUAGUGAACGCAGACAGUGGCGCGCCCUGCAGUCCACGACACUCCAAGAAGAAACACUUCAUAGAUGCUGUCAAACGUGGGCUAAGUCCACAGAAUAAUUCAAAGCAAAUGACAGAAGCGGCGGUGGUCACUUGUGUGAAGUUGUGUAAAGCGUCGACAUAUUUGAAUAUAGCAGAUUCUGGCAAUGUCACAUUCGUUUUGGUGAAGUCCGUUAUAAAUGAUCUGAAGUCGCUGCUGUUCAACCCGAGCAAGCCGUACGCGCGCGGCGCGCCGUGCCCCGGCUACAGCGAGCUGGACCUGCUCACCGACUGCUUCGUGUCGCUCUUCCGCAUCAUGCCGCACUCCAACGACGCACUCAAAGUGUGUCUCAAUCUCAACACGCAUAUAUCCUAUCAUUAUGUCAUCGUCAAUUCGUUGCUCAGGAUAAUUAAGCAACCUAGGCUUCCUUGGUGGCCUCAGAUUGAGCUGUUGUAUCCCAGAGCGGCCGAAUUAAGGGUGAUGUUCACGGAUACAUUGAAUAAAGCGACACAGGGUUAUAUAGUUCACACUCCGUUAAGAAUGAUCUCACUUUCGCUCAAAUCUAAGGAAGUUCAGUCUAAAUUCAACAAGUCCGAGGAAAUGCCAGUCUACAGACACCUCUUGCUGUUGCUUGUGAAACUUAUACAUGCCGACCCCAUGGUUAUGUUGAGUAACCCAGGACGUUCCGGUGUAGAGAUACAAUCCUCCACAACAGAACUGAUCAACGGGCUGGUGUCGCUCGUGCACAACACCGGCAUGGGGGACAUCGCGCAGGAGGCCAUGGACGCGCUGCUGGCGCUGCACCGGCCCGACCGCGUGCACAUGUGGAACCCAGAGGCGCCCUUGAACACCUUCUGGGAUAUCAGCUCUCAAGUCCUCUACAACAUCAGCCAAAAGCUAAUACAACGGCAGAUUGGGAAUUACCGAGAAGUGUUAAGAUGGCUACGUGAUGUACUGACCUGCCGUAAUGAGUUUUUGGUUAAACACAAGGAAUACGCGAAUGUAGGCUCUCACAUACCUAUAUGUAAGCAGGCCCAUAUCAAGUUGGAGGUGGUGUUCUUCAUGUGUCUCUGGUCGAUAGACACAGAAGCAGUACUCGUAGCGAUGUCGCGUAAGCUUCGUCGUCCCUGCGCCGACACUCCGCUCGAGUGUCUCGACGACCUGUUCCGCGCACUGUAUGAGAGUGCC